CUGGAGACAGUGAGAGUAAAAUAUGCUACAAAGCUGAGCUAUUCGGGUGGGUGUUGGACAGCUGAGAAGACAUGGAAGUAGAAGGCAUAAGUGACUUCAGAGCACUCCGAGCAAAAUUUCAAAAUGAUUCCAGUUUUUCAAAUACUGUGCCACAACCACCCAAGAAGCCUCCUGCAGAAAGUUUACACCUGCCAAGCUCUGACACUAAGGGUGUGUCCAGUCCCAGAAUCCUGAACCACGGUAAAGUGCUGGUGUCAGAACAAAAGAGAGAACGAUUUUGUUCUGCUGUGCAUAGCUCAGAGCUAAUGCAAUCCAAACCUUUUGUGUUGCCUAGAGUCAAGCAUGGCAACUUGUAUCUAGCAGAGAAGAAUGAAGAUCCAAAGAAUAAAGCGUUGGAGGGAGCCUUUUGUGGAGAUGCACCUCUUAGAGGGGAUUCACAGAAAUCCCGUCCAGCUUCUUGCAUUUAUCAGCAGGCAUCUGUUAAUGCAAAUUCGGAGGAAGAACUGUUAAACUCCUUCCAACAUACUCUGCAGAUCUGGGAAAGUGCUUCAGCUCAGAACGACAGAAAGUGUGCAGUGCUUCCACCACCACAGUGUAUAAGUGGGAAUCAUUCUGCUCAGCCACGGAUUCUGAACACUACCCUCGGAGCAGAGAGCAGCAAAAUGAGAAAUGCUGAGAAAGAGCAAGUACUGGAUUUCUCUACCCAAAAGAAAUGUCUCCCAGCGAGCAGAAUGCCUGUAGUGCCCCAGACUUCGUCAUCUCCCCAUCCAUCCAGAGGUUACAAGAGCACUGAGCAAAGCCCUAAGACGACUGGAUUCUCUCAGCUUGCUUAUGAUCCACACAAGCCAAGUGAGACCUCUCAGUAUCUGAAAGCAUCAGAACCCUUUCUCCAUCAUGCUGGCACAGAAAGACAACUUGACAUCAAAGAUAGCAAACCUCCAAAAGUUAAACCACUUCCUUCAGUUGAAUCUCUUGGUUCCCCUCCAAAGAAACCUCUGAGGCCCCCAAAAGUGAAUCUCAGUGCCUUCCGGCAGUCAGCCCCACAUGUCAGCAGAAGAAAUGAAACCGCUGCUGUAGAAGAUGACUACAUGGCUCCUGAAAAUGCUGAAUCUGAAGAACUACAUAAUUAUGAAGAAACCAUAUCGUACGUGAAACAAUCUGGGAACUCUCUAAACUCAUGUGCCAUUCAGGAUAUUGCUGACUUAUCUAGCACGGGAAUCCAAGGACACGAAAAGAAGCAGAAAACUUUUCUGUUUGGCACAUCCAGCAUUGAAAGAGUCACAGAGGAUGAAAAAAAGGAAAAAUUGAAAUGGGAUCUUGAUAGAGAGAGGCAACAGCAAGUGAAGAAAACGACCAAGAUUAGUGGUGGUGCGGAUAUGCUCCAUACGUCACAAAUACAUCAAGACAAUGAAGGUGGGAAGAACAAGCUACAAGUUAAGAAGAGAGAUGCAACUGAUGUCAUCCAAACUGGGAAGUGGCUGGCAAAAGAUGGAGUAGAACGUUCUCACUAUGUGUGCGUGGAUGCCUUGAAAGCGGAUGAAGACAUGGUGGCCUUGAGUCAAAGGAUUGUGAAGCCAGUGCAGACAUCAGAGGAUGUGUAUGAUGAUGUAGAAGAGAGUGAGCAUGCCGUGAAUCAAGCCUCUGAUGCCUUUAGCUCGUUCACUUCAGAUAGCUCUUCAGAAAACAAGAGUGAUGAAAUAUAUGAAGAUAUUCAUAAUGGGGAUUAUAAUCCAAUCAAACUGGAUUUGGAUAGAAUAGAAAAACUAAAGCAAUUUGGAAAGUUUUUCAAGAAAGACAUAAUUAAACUGAAGAAUGUCAAGAUGAAGGAAAACCGCUGCAUACUGUCCAGUUCAGUACCAAACUUAGACGUUGUGUCCCAGGGAAACAUGGCAUACGAUGACGUUGAUGUGGAUCAAAAAGAUGGAAAAGAGAAGGAUGACAAACACAAAAAUUGGACUAAAAUUCUGAUGUCAAAAGAUAAAGAUCAAAUAAGAAGCAGUGAAGAUACAGAAAGAAACUUCUUCAAAGCCAAGAAAUAUAAUGUAGACAAGAGAAAGAAGGUGGCAAAAGAAGAGAAGUUAUUUAGAGAGAAAUUUAUGUACAAUAAGGAAAUCACAAUCAUUAACACAGCAGUCGCACGCUGUUCUGUUGCAAGCAAAGGGAAACUUGAUUUACCAAUCACUGCCGGAGAACAAAUGGAUGUUAUUGACGUCGCAGAAGAGAAUCAAGGAAUAUGUCGCAAUUCUGAGGGCAAAUAUGGCUAUGUGCUAUUGGAGCAUUUGGAUUUCAGGUAA